GAGGAGCUGACCGUCUGCACUCCGCCCAACUUGGAGUCAGACGCUCAAAGUAACGUUGUUAGUCGUACUCUAGCGGCUUCUGCCACAGAACCUGACAAAGUAAUAAACAUUAAAACUGAUAGUGCCCCGUUUGGAGAGUAUGUCUUGCCAUGCAGGGAGUGUAAGUGAUGAGGAACUCCUGCAAGGUCUCCUGACUGACCAACACUGCCAUGUGUGUGAAGCUGUGCUGCUCUUUGAGCCUCAGCGACUCUCCCACUAUAAGGGAAAGAAGCAUGCCCAGAAGUUAAAGCUAUACCUGCAGACCAAGAAAGCCGGCAUGGCAAACACAGAGUCUACUGGACAACAGCUGAACAUGCCAACUGACAAAGAGCGUUUCUGUGAGCUGUGUAACAUGGUGUUUUCUUCUCCUGUGGUGGCAAAGUCACAUUACCAAGGCAAGGUCCACACCAAGAAUGUUCGCAAACAUUGUCUUCAGAAGUCAGACAAGAACGCCGAGGUCAGCACGUUGCCUAGACCUCACAUGGAUUCUGCAAACAAUAUCCACAUGUCAGGAUCGGGGGACGGCACAGACCCGACUACUGCCAGUCCAGACCCAAACAAGUACUGUGUCUUGUGUGCGGCCACCUUCAAGAAUCACCAAAUGGCCUUGCAACACUACAAUGGACGCAAGCACCAGAGGAAGAAGGCCAGACAUGAGCUGCUGGAAGAGCUUGGAGAUGAAGAAGCCAACACUCUGACGUGCACCACGUGCAGUGUGCAGUUUAACUCCGUGGAAAUGUACCAAGCCCACAUGCAUGGAGACAAGCACCACAUGAGGAUGAAGAAGGUCUUUAACCUUCACAAAUCCCAACAGAAAUCCUACAGCACGUUUGCAGAUGAACUUUCACAUUACAUUGAGAUCCAGAAAGCUCGUGGACUCGCACCCAAGAUUGGCCAAAUCCUUCCCAGGGCGGAACCACAAAUGGAAGGCGAUCAACAUCACAACGUGGAAGAUUUACAUACGGAGCACAUGAGACCACAAAACCAGCCUACAUCCAGCUGUUACUCUCCUUAUCCAGCCCAGCCUCGCUAUCCAGGCCGUCCUUGGCCAUCCCGGCUUUGGGACCGCAGUAGUCCUCCAUCUUUCCCGCCCUCAAAGGCUUCACUGGAAUUCGCCGCUGCGCCUCUAAGGCGAUACAGAAAGUGCUCAGGCUCGUCAUAUACGAGCUCCUCUUCAUAUUCCUCUUCCUCCAGCAGCGCAGCCAGUGACAACGAGCAGAGCGAACACAGGCAGAGAGAGAGGAGGAGGGCCAGAAGGUCCGAGAGGGACAGAGGAAGGCGAUCGAGAGAAGCAAACGCCAACAAGUCGAGGCGGAAGCAACGAAAGAGAGCGCGAGACGACGCCUCGGAGGAGAGGAGAAGAGAGGAUUGUGGAGAAUCGGGCGAAGAGAGGAGAAGAAAGCGCAGAAAACGAGGCCAGGGAAAGAGGCCGCUGGAGGAAGAUCAAGUAGAUCCAGUAGAAAGUAGAAACAAGACUGAAGACGAUGUGGAACAGUUGACUGACAGACUGGAGGAGGAUGUCAAGGGCAAAUCCAGAAAAGAGAAGAAAAAGACGAAAGAUAACAGAACAGAGGAGGAGAAGCUGUGGGAUGAUUCCAUUCUUGGCUGUUAAACGCAGGAAGUCAUUCACUGUGCUAGCUGGCUAGCCGAGUCGUGAGCUCUUUCUAUGCUUCAUUUACUCAGCAAUUUACUCCCACUUUCACUUAUCACUCACACUGUUUCAUUGAGACGAUUGAAAUGUAUCCAAAAAAAAGUGUGCUUGUAACACCUUUAGCAGCCUGCGGUGGGCGCUGUUGAUCCUUCUGAGUGACUGUGCAAUAGAUUGUCAAAAAUAUGCUGGCUUUCAAAGGCAAACAUGCUCUUUAGGAACUAAUAUCAACUAUAUUAUGAAGUAGUCAGCAUAAUUGUCAAUGAUAACGCAACUGCACUUUACUAAGAUAAAAUAUAUGCAUGGACGUGUGUGUGUGUGUGUGUGUGUGUGUGUGUGUGUGUGUGUGUGUGUGUGUGUGUGUGUGUGUGUGUGUGUGUGUGUGUGUGUGUGUGUGUGUGUGUGUGUGUGUGUGUGUGUGUGUGUGUGUGUGUGUGUGUGUUGGGAUUUACCUUUAAGCCAUAAAUCUGAAAUCAGAAGUUAUUAAACUCAAUUUAUUUUACUUUUUCUGUCUCUUAUGUCUCUGCGGGAUGCAUUUCUGCAUCUUUUUAAGGAGUUGUUUGCAACUUGCUCAAAGUAAAAAAAAAUCUUAAGCCAAAAAAUACCUGAUUUUAUCAGAAUCAUCUUUAUUGGCCAAGUACCUAUUUUACAAUUAGAGCUUUAACGGUACAUGUGGAUUUUUUAUACAGUUUUAAAUGAUUUGGAAUAAAAUUAUAAGAGCAACUAACAAUUGUCAAUGCUAUUGUUACGAUAGAUCAGAGGUCACCAACGCGGUGCCCGCGGGCACCAGGUAGCCCGUAAGGACCAGAUGAGUAGCCCGCUGGCCUGUUCUAAAAAUAGCUCAAAGAGCAGCACUUACCAGUGAGCUGCCUCUAUUUUUUAAAUUGUAAUUAUUUACUAGCAAGCUGGUCUCGCUUUGCUCGACAUAUUUAAUUCUAAGAGAGACAAAACUCAAAUAGAAUUUGAAAAUCCAAGAAAAUAUUUUAAAGACUUGGUCUUCACUUGUUUAAAUAAAUUCAUUAAUUUUUUUACUUUGCUUCUUAUAACUUUCAGAAAGACAAUUUUAGAGAAAAAAUACAACCUUAAAAAUGAUUUUAGGAUUUUUAAACGCAUAUACCUUUUUACCUUUUAAAUUCCUUCCUCUUCUUUCCUGACAAUUUAAAUCAA